UUGAAUUUGAGUAAGGCAUGCAUCUGUGCUUUCUCCUUUAAGAACUCAGCUAGCCUGCAGCUUAUUGAAAAACACACAGGAAUUAAGGUAUGGAAACUGAGAGAGAGCUCAACCUCGAGGCGACGGAGCUCCGGCUAGGCUUACCGGGAACCUCCGACGAGUCAGCUAAGAACACAACUCACCGGAGCAACAAAAGAGCCUUGCCCGAACAACCCGUGUCUGCUAAUAUGGCCACAACUUCUAAGAACUGUGACCAAGAAACUGCUCCACACACCAAGGCACAAGUUGUGGGGUGGCCACCCAUCAGAUCUUACAGAAAAAACAGCCUGCAACCCAAGAAAAGUGAGGCUGAAAUGAGUGGGAUUUAUGUGAAAGUGAGCAUGGAUGGGGCUCCUUACCUUAGAAAGAUAGAUUUGAAGGUGUUCAAAGGAUACCCAGAAUUAAUCAAGGCUUUGGAAGACAUGUUCAAGUUCAAAGCUGGUGAAUACUCAGAGAGGGAAGGAUAUAAUGGAUCAGAAUUUGUGCCUACUUAUGAAGAUAAAGAUGGUGAUUGGAUGUUGGUUGGAGAUGUCCCCUGGGAAAUGUUCACCGGUUGCUGCAAAAAGCUGAGGAUCAUGAAAGGAUCAGAUGCAAGAGGGUUGGGUUGUGUUGUAUGAAAACAUGAAGACAGGAACUCAUGAAGAAAAAGAUCAAACCCUUUUAACUUGAGUCUAUCUAAAGAAGAUUGAUCCUUGAUUUUUUUUCUGAGGCAUAACCUGAAAAAGGAAGAAGAAAAACAUAUUUUCAUGUACAGUCUGGCGAGUUUGUGUUUAUUUCCUUAUGGAAUCUGUACAAAAGGAAAACAUAUGAAGUUCAUAACAACGUUUUCCUUUUUUUUCCCAUGUAAA